GAACUCAUGUGCCUUCUUGGAAUCCAUCAAAAUACUCUGUGCCUUUACAUGAGGUGCCAUGGCAUUGAGCAUACAUACACUGAGAUUAGUGAUGCAGACCUCAACAAUCUUGUCAAGGAAUUUAAGAAGAGACGGCUGGAAUCUGGACUUCGUUAUAUCAUUGGGUUCAUGUGGGCAAAGGGGGUUCACAUUCAGUAUCACCAUGUAAUCCAGUCACUUUCUAGGGUGGAUCGCCUCAGUCAAGCUUUAUGA